UUGUUCAAGGUGGAGAACAACACCGCUCCAGACGAAGAACUCGAUCAGCCCAGUAUCGAAGAGCCUGUUGGAACUCGCACGCGGAAUAAACUACGGCACCGUGAGGUCAAGGAAGUAAGUGCACAAGAGGAAGGAUCAGGAGCAAGCCAAAUCGUGAAAAAGGAAGCUCAGGAUUACCCAAGAGAGAGAUCACCAACAUCUCCACAGGACUCUACGGACUCAGACUAUAUUCCUAGUAAAGUACGCCAAUUUUCUAAAAAAACUUUGCCUUCUAAAUCUUCUAAACCUCAAAACAUUUCUUCUCCUAUUAAAGACACCGCUCCUUCUAAAUCUCCUGUUCUUAAAUCUCCUACUGUUAACCCUCCUAAUCCUAAAUCUUCUACUCCUAAAGCUCCUCCAGCUCAAAGUACUUCUAAAGCUCCACCUGUUAAAACCACUCCUAAAGCUCCUCCGACUCGAAAAAACAAGCGACAGCAUCGCAAUUUUGACAAAACUCUCAAUCCUCAAAAUCCUCAUAGAAACGACUCCUCUCCUAAAAGAUUCAAAGGAAUCAGUCACUUUAUUUCGGAAGUUUUAAGAUCAUCCCCCUCAACCGAGCUAAUUGAAAUCGUGAGAAAUUUGAAAAACCGAAAAUCUUUAAGUGAGAGAGAUUCUUUAACGCCACUUGCAACUUCCACCCCUCAAAGAGAGAUGGCAAACUCUGGACCCGAAAUCGUAGAGGUACCUCCUCCGGGAGCAGGCAAAAACAAUGUUAUAAGAGCGGCAGGGAACCCUCUCUGUCCUAAAUAUAAGGGUACCAGUAGUUUCAAAGAAUUUAUCAGAAAAUUCGCUCUUUUCGCUAACUCUGCCGGUCUUGUAAUCCCCGAACGUCUUGCUAUCCUACCACUCUUGCUCGAAGCACCCGAAGCUGAAACAGCUUAUUUUGAUAUCCCCGAGACAAUAAGAAAGCAAGGUCCUUGGAACGUUUUGAUUGAACAACUCCAAGAAAGACUUCUAACAGAUCUUGAAAGAGACGACGCCCUUCUUGCUUUGCAAAACACCUCUCAAAACGAAUUAUCUGUUGCUGCAUAUGCGAGACUUCUUGAAUCUCUCAGUUUAGACGCUUUUCUACCAAACGACCCCUCAAAACCUAAUAUCAUGAAAAUCACUUUCAUUAGAGGCCUGCGUAACAACCUUAAGCAAGCAGUUUUGAGAAGCGAAGCUAAA